GAGUGGGCGGCCUGCUCAGGGACACGCUGCUCAGUGCACUCGCUGCGCCCCACUCGUUGGGAGCCGAAGUGCCCCCACCCGAGGCACCAUGCCCCAGAACGUGGUCCUCCCGGGCCCGGCGCCCUGGGGCUUCAGGCUCUCCGGGGGGAUAGACUUCAACCAGCCUUUGAUCAUCACCAGGGUGACCCCAGGAAGCAAGGCGGCAGCUGCCAACCUGUGCCCGGGAGAUGUCAUCCUGGCCAUUGACGGCUUUGAUACGGAGUCCAUGACUCACGGUGAUGCACAGGACAGGAUUAAAGCAGCAGCUCACCAGCUGUGCCUCAGAAUUGACAGGGCAGAAGCUCGCUUGUGGUCACCACAGGUCUCCGAAGACGGGAAAGCACAUCCUUUCAAAGUCAACUUAGAGGCAGAGCCCCAGGAUGUGAACUACUUUGAACACAAGCACAAUGUUCGGCCCAAACCUUUCACAAUCCCAGGCCGAAGCAGUGGAUGCAGCACCCCCUCCGGUAUUGAUGGUGGCAGUGGACGUAGCACCCCCUCAUCUGUCAGCACUCUUAGUACUAUUUGCCCAGGUGACUUGAAAGUUGCUGCUAAGCUGGCCCCUAACAUUCCUUUGGAAAUGGACCUUCCCGGUGUGAAGAUUGUACAUGCUCAGUUUAACACACCUAUGCAGUUGUACUCAGAUGACAAUAUUAUGGAAACACUUCAGGGUCAGGUUUCAACAGCUCUAGGGGAAACACCCGUGAUGAGUGAGCCGGUCGCCUCGGUGCCACCGCAGUCUGACGUGUACCGGAUGCUUCAUGACAAUCGGGAUGAGCCUGCACAGCCUCGCCAGUCAGGCUCCUUUCGAGUGCUCCAGGAGUUAGUUAACGACGACCCCGAUGACCGUCCUGUGGGGACGCGGAGCGUGCGAGCUCCAGUUACAAAGGCCCACGGCGGCAUGGGUGCCUCACCGAAGAUGCCACUCUGUGACAAAUGUGGCAGCGGCAUUGUCGGUGCCGUGGUGAAGGCGCGGGAUAAGUACCGGCAUCCGGAAUGCUUCGUGUGUGCUGACUGCAACCUCAACCUCAAGCAAAAGGGCUACUUCUUCGUGGAGGGCGAGCUGUACUGCGAAACGCACGCCCGGGCCCGCACGAGGCCCCCCGAGGGCUACGACACCGUCACUCUCUACCCCAAAGCUUAAGUCGGCCGCAGACGGGCCUCAGGCGUACUCACCCCCACACGCAUUUACACAGGAGUCAGACGUUGCUGGCUGUGGCCAGGAGCAGAGCAUCUAGUCGCGUGCAAAUCGGCAGCCGGAGCAUUUGUACGUGUUUAACUUGUGGAGCAAGGGGCAGCAAAGGCCGUGCGAUUUGACAAAAAGGUGCGAAUGGUUCUGCAGCUUUUAAUCUUUGGGACUAGCAAUAACCAUGGCAUGUGAAGCAAUACUUUUUCUGUAGGCUCUACUCCUAAAUUUGCAUUGAUUUUAAACCACCACACACGUGACCAUCAAGAUGCUCUGGGAGUUCUGUCUUGCCUUAUCAAAUUGAGCGAUUGUAGGAAAUGCCUAAUAACCGUCUUAUACUGUCACCCAGCCUACACUUGUCUGUAUGUUUUAACUCUGCUAGUGCAUGCCUAGAUUUCUUGAGUUUCAUUUCAAACAUUAUACCACUGGAUGCAACCAUAAUAAAUAAUACAUAAAGCCUUUGAAAAACA